AUGUUUCUAUUUCGCACUUAUCCGGUCAUUCCCGAGGAGGGAAGCACGCAAGUGCGCAUCUUCAGCGGCAUUCACGGCUGCAAUUACCGGGUAAGCACCAACAUUGGCUCUGGCCUCAACUUCACCCUGCAGGGCAUCGACUUUUACUCAAGUGGCAACAUUGCCACCAAUAUAGACGGCACUUUCUCCCUCGACUAUACGAUCGAAUCACUGACACAAGGCUGUCCACAGUUGGACUCUGGCAAUCAGCUGUUGAGUGAGGCAACGGCGCACACAUUGUUCCUGCGACCACAGCAGAGCGUGACCAAACAUUGGUAUGAGGAUGAGUUGCAAAAGUCCAACAAAUCGCUGGCUUUGGUGCGCACCCUGGCCAAUUUGCCAGCCACAACGCGUAUUCUGUGGCGCGAAGUCAAGACGGGCAAUACUGCCUUAGAGCUGCUCGCUCGUCAUCACGAUCUGUACGAGCUGAACACUAUCGAGUACGAGGUGUUGCAUGGCCAGGUGCUGAUCCAUCAGCAGCGUCUGCGUCCCGGCGGUGUUUAUGCCCUCGUCAUUGGCCAGGAGAGUGCUAAUGGCUUCGUCUCACGCAUGUUCGAGGUAACGGAGCCCAAUUCGAUGAGCAUGCUCUGGCUGAUUCCCCAGUAUGUGGUGAUGACGCUGGGCGAAGUUAUGUUCUCGGUAACGGGUUUGGUGUUCUCGUAUUCGCAGGCGCCGCGCAGCAUGAAGUCACUAAUCCAGGCCUUCUGGCUGCUUACGGUCGCCUUUGGUAAUAUUAUUGUGGUGGUGGUUGCGGAACUGAAGUUCUUUCAGUCGCAGGCGAAUGAGUUCUUCCUUUUUGCCGGCCUCAUGUUUGUCGAUAUGCUGAUCUUCAUGUGGUUCGCCUGUUACUAUAAGACUUAUGACGAGAAUACCGCUCCCAAGCUGCAUAGCGAGUCGAAGCCCGGCCAGCGAAAACUUAUAAAGCCCCAACAUUACUCGGAGUAG